AUGUCUGGGUCAGCCGUCUCACCGUCAAGCUCUCCACGCUUACCAAGCCCUCCUCCUUUCACAGAAGUACAGAUCGGACCCAAGUCCCCAACCGUCGGUGACGGUAAAAAUGAUGGGUCCGACGAAUUUCUAGGAAUACCUCAUGGCCAGGAUGAUGCAUCAGCACGAAGAAUACGGCCCGGAACCAAGGCCGCGAAUAUGGCCUCUGGUCCUCCUUUGGUUCCGCUCUCUGAGCUCGAUUCUCCCUUUCAGCUCCAGGAACAUCUCAAAGCCUCAUACCACCAUUUCACGCAACCCUCAGGUUCCGAUACUGUUGCCCCAAUAACCCGGGAAAUCGCACGAGACCUAGCAGAGCCCCCAGCGGGCGUAGAAAGAUCUCUGUGGCUGUACGAAUUAUGCCGAUUCCUUACCAUGAAAGCAAACAACCUCGUCAUCGCAUUUUUUGCCGAAGAACCACCAUGCUCAGCUCAAACAUGCCCGGAAAUGCGUGCCUCCGAAUGGCAAUACCUAUGUGCUGUCCACGACCCACCUAAAUCAUGCUGUGCGAUCGAUUACUGCUGCCAUACUCUUGACUGGGCAACGAAUGUUCUCACGUCGCCCAAGUUUUUCCCCAGCCGACUAACUCUCGGCUCUGAUGCGACUGGGGGUCCUCAAGCAAGCAUGAGGCACCUUACAAAUGUUUUCCGGCGGGUGUAUCGAAUAUUCGCACACGCCUGGUUUCAGCAUCGAGGCGUCUUUUGGCAAGUUGAAGGUCAUGACGGUCUUUAUGUCUUUUUCAAGACAGUCUGCGAUGUCUAUAACCUCAUUCCUGAUGACAAUUACACAAUUCCUCCCGAAGCAGAGGGCGAAGCAUCUAGCACCGAUUCCUCGACUAGUCAAAACCAAGGUGUAAAUAGAAGACUUACUAUUUUGCGCAAGGAGGAUUCGGUAACAGCAACGCCUCCCAAUAGCCUUGAGGAGCCUAGUACAGGUUUGUCUGCAGCAACCACAAGGCGGCACCGACAUUCCCCAUCGACUGGUGUGGGCGUCACAACGAUUGCCGAGGCAGCAGAAGAUGAUGAUCUAAACAAAAAUAUCCAAAGAGUGCCUCAGCCGCCCAAAGACUCUAAGGUGGAAAAAAAUGAGAAGAUAGUCGAGGAUAUAUCUGAGGAAUUAACCGAAGAACCAGAGUCAUUACCCACAAGCGAAGAGCGGGAUACUCUACCCGAAGCACCAGCAACGGAAGCUAGUGAAUCAAACAAAAUGGAACAGCCCGCUAUGGUAUCAGAUGAACCCUCUUCAGCUUCGCCUAUCACGGAAGAAGUAGUAGCAGAUUCCGAAAAGGAAUCAGCAGAGGAAGCACCCGGGUCCCCAGGACCAUCUGAACCCACUAUAUCGAGUAUGGAUGACGAACUGGAAGAGAGCCAAAGCACAAUCCCUGUCCAGCCGAUAGAAGAAAAGGGGGAGGGGGCUGGCGAAACACAAGUACCGCGGAGUAAUGAGAGCAAAAUAGACGAGGAGCAGCCGUCUACUAAAGCUGAGGCACCUACCGAUUCCGACACUAUAAAUAAGGAUAAAACAGAGUCAGCUAAGGAAGCCAACGAAGUCGAGGGGGCUGAAGAUAAAGAAGCGCAAGAGCCAGAAUCCAAGGCACCACAAUCCUAA